UUCAACCUAUCGAUGGAAAUGAAAGUAUUACCCUAAGAAAAGUCUGGUCAGUAAAGUCAUUACCGAUAUCAACUCGAUCUGCAGCUAAUAUGCAGAUAUCCGAAACUUACCGUACUUAUCCGGUAUAAAUAUUCCAGAUAUAGACACUAUUGACGUUAUGAUGUUAAUAGGGACGGAUUCACCUAUUGCACAUAUACCGCUAGAAGUGAAAUUCGGAAAUAGCGAUGAACCGUACGCGAUACGCACUCGUCUUGGAUGGGCUAUACGCGGUCCAGUCCCAACUAUGAAAGAAUCCAACGAUAUUAAUAUAAAUUUCUUUGAGUCACGUGACAUGUUGUUACAGCAACAAAUUGAUCGUUUGUGGACAGCUGACUUUAAUGAUAAAUCACAACAAGUGAAGAGUUGCAUGUCUGUAGAAGAUAAAAAUGCUAUGAAAUCCAUGGAAUCAACUUUAACUCGUGAGGAUGGUCAUUACAAGAUUGGCCUCCCUUGGCGUGAUGGAAAUUCGUCAUUCGUAAAUAAUAUACCGCUUGCUCAAGCCAGAUUACAGCAGUUGAAGCGCAAGUUGUCAAGUGACAAUAAUUUGCAUGAUAUGUACAGAACUACUGUAAAUGGUUACAUUGCAAAUGGCUAUUCAUCGGAUGUAGAUUACAUGGUACCAGAGAAAACGCGUGUUUGGUAUACGCCGCAUCAUCCAGUAACAAAUGUGCAUAACGCUUCUGAAACAGACAAAUUAAAUGUUUGGUUACAUGGACCAACAUUUCUUAGUAAAGGUAGGGAACACUGGCCUAAGUAUUCAAGUAAUUUUAUCCCGGAAGUGAGUGAAGAUGAUGUUGAAGUAAAGAGAUAUGGAUGUAUUUUUUCUUGUUUAACAUCAAGGGCCGUCCAUUUAGAAGUUACUCAUAGUUUGAGUACAGAUUCGUUUAUCGCCGCAUCACAACGAUUUAUUAGCCGGAGAGGUCUACCAAAAAAAAUAUAUAGUGACAACGGAACCAAUCUAGUAAGUGGAGAUUGUGAAUUGCGAAAGUCCAUACGAGAGUGGAAUCAAUCCGAAAUUGGACAAUUUAUGUUGCAGCGGGAAAUCGAAUGGAACUUUAACCCUCCGUCAGCUAGUCACAUGGGCGGUAUAUGGGAACGGAUGAUACGAUCGACACGUGCAAUUUUGAGAUCGUUAGUCAAAGAGCAGCUUCUGACAGAUGAACACAUUCUUACUGUUGUAACAGAGGUUGAAAAAAUACUUAAUGAUAGACCCAUUACCCGAGUAAGCGAUGACCCAAAAGACCCCCCAGUUUUAACUCCAAGCAUGAUUUUAUUACUAAAGUCCAAUACAUGUAUUCCACGUGGCAUUUUUAGAAAAGAAGAUACAUAUGCAAAGAGAAGGUGGAGACAGGCUCAGUAUCUUGCUGAUAUAUUCUGGAAACGAUGGAUUCGGGAAUAUAUACCUACUCUACAAUCUCGACAAAAAUGGCUGAGACCACAAAGAGAUAUCCGUGAGGGCGAUAUUGUACUCGUGGCUCAGGAAAACAUACCAAGGGGGCAGUGGCCGUUGGGCAGGGUUGAAUCUAUAAAUGUGGGUCGGGACGGGCAUACACGAAGCUGUGUGGUCAAAACUAGUAUGUCACAAUUCUUAAGACCAAUAACUAAACUUUGCCUACUAGAAUGUUCUAUUUAAGUAAAGGUAUACAUUACAAUAAGCUAUUGUUUGUAUAAGAUGAAAUCGUAACGUUUCAUGGUGGGGAGUGUAAGAAUUAUAGUUCUUAAUUGUAAAUUUAUUUAUUAUAAUCACAUAAUUUUCAUAGUUUGAUUUUUUCGAUAGUUUUACUAUUAAAAACAUUGUUUGACUCUUUCAAUUUAACAUAGCUUCACUAUUUCCGCCAAACGUAACGUCUUAUUUUGUUUCCCGUAAAGAGACGUCAUUAAAUUGUUUACGGUGACGUCAUUAACCGUUACUUUGAUAUGUUGUUUUGCCUUGGGCGGAAGUGCUUAAAUUGUUGAUGUGUUUUGUUUAUUGAUGUUUUCCAAUGGAAAGUAGAUCAUAAUCGAGAAUCGCAUUGUUGUAUCACAUUGAUAUAUUAUUCCAUGAAUGAGAAUAAAGAAAAGUGUUGAAAUCUGCGCAUUCUUGACUAUUUUUAACGGAAAACAUU